UCACCACCGCCAGGAAUGUGCGUGCCUGUGCCUUGGGGGCUGGAUUCUCUUCCUGAGUCAGAGAAGCGGGAGGAGCUCUUAGCCAUGGAAGAACCUGGGGAGACAGAAGCACACCUGGGAGCCACCAACCUGAACUUUGUUCCUGGCCAACAACAGAAAGAAAAGCCAGCCCAGGACCCGCUGUAUGACACACCUGACACCAGUGGGGCACAGGCAGGCGGGCCCCAGCAGCCAGCACGCAUGGUGAGCCUGCGGGAGCGCCUGCUGCUCACCCGGCCCGUGUGGCUGCAGCUGCGGGCCAACGCUGCAGCCGCACUGCAUGUACUGAGGACCGAGCCUCCAGGGACAUUCCUGGUGCGGAAAUCUAACACGAGCCAAUGCCAGGCCCUGUGUGUGCGGCUGCCAGAAGCCAGCGGCCCCUCUUUCGUCUCCAGCUACUAUAUCCAAGAGAGCCCGGGCGGAGUCUCUUUAGAGGGCUCAGAGUUCAGGUUCCCGGACCUCAUCCAGCUGAUCUGUGCCUAUUGCCACACAAGGGACAUCCUUCUUCUUCCACUCCGGCUUCCUAGAGCCAUUGAUCAGGCUACCACCCACAAGGAGUUGGAGGCCAUCUCCCAUCUGGGAAUUGAAUUCUGGAGUUCCUCCCUCAACACCAAGGUUCAGCCGAGGCCAUCAGAAGCCCCACCAAUACCCCGACUGAAGGCUCGCUCCCCUCAAGAGCUGGACCAGGGCACGGGUGCAGCCCUCUGCUUCUUCAACCCCCUGUUCCCUGGUGAUCUGGGACCCACCAAGCGUGAGAAAUUCCAGAAGAGCUUCAAAGUGCGUGUGUCCACAGAGACCUCCAGCCCUCUCUCUCCACCUGCUGUCCCUCCUCCCCCUGUCCCUGUGCUGCCAGGAACAUCCCCCAGCCACACAGAAACGCUGCCUCCUCGCCAGCUACUGAGGAGGGAGAGCUCAGUGGGAUACCGUGUGCCCGGAGGCGCUGCUGGACCCAGCCUUCCUCCCCUGCCUUCCCUCCAGGAGGUGGACUGUUGCUCCCCCAGCAGUUCCGAGGAGGAGGGGUCUUCAGGGAGCCCCACAACCUCCCCACACCUGGGCCGCCGGCGGAGACCUCUGCUCCGCUCCAUGAGCUCUGCCUUCUGCUCUCUGCUGGCACCAGAGAGGCAAGUGGGUCGGGCAGCCACAGUGCUGAUGCAAGACAGAUACACAGCUGUGGGUCAGCUGGUGCAGGACCUCCUGACCCAGGUGCGGGCUGGUCCUGAGCCCCGGGAGCUGCAGGGCAUCCGCCAGGCGCUGAGUAGGGCUCGAGCCAUGCUGAGUGCAGAACUGAGCCCUGAGAAGCUGCUACCACCGGAGAGGCUGGAACCGGUCCUGGAGAAGUCGCUCCAUCGCUCUGUACUCAAGCCUCUCCGACCCAUCCUAGCUUCCCGCCUACGGCGCCGGCUUUCCACAGAUGGUUCCCUUGGCCGCCUGGCUGAGGGUUUCCGCCUGGCCCGGACCCAGGGUCCUGGUGUCUUGGGAUCCCACCUGAGCCCACCCUCAGUGGUGGAGAUAGAACAGGUGCGUCAGAAGCUCCUGCAGCUGCUCCGUACCUACUCACCCAGCGCCCAGAUCAAGCGGCUCCUGCAGGCCUGCAAGCUGCUCUACACAGCUCUGAGGACCCAGGCAGGGGAGGAUGCAGGCGCUGAUGAGUUCCUGCCUUUGCUGAGCUUUGUUUUAGCUCAGUGUGACCUUCCUGACCUCCUUUUAGAAGCUGAGUACAUGUCUGAGCUACUGGAGCCCACCCUGCUCACCGGAGAGGGGGGCUACUACCUGACCAGCCUAUCGGCCAGCCUGGCAUUACUGGGUAGCCUAGGCCAGGCCCACACUCUCCCCCUCAGCCCUGCACAGGAGCUCCAGCGUUCUCUGGCCCUCUGGGAACAGCGCCGCCUGCCAGCUACUCACAGUUUCCAGCACCUCCUCCGAGUAGCUUACCAGGACCCCAGCACUGGUUGUACUUCCAAGACCCUGGCUGUGCCUCCAGGGUCUUCAAUUGCCACCUUGAGCCAACUCUGUGCCACCAAGUUCCGAGUGACCCAGCCUGAUGCAUUUGGCCUCUUCCUCUACAAGGAGCAGGGCUACCACCGCCUGCCCCCUGGAGCCUUGGCCCAUAGACUUCCUGCAACUGGCUACCUCGUAUACCGCCGGGCAGAGCGGCCUGAGACUCAGGGGGCUGCAAGAGAGAAGACAGGGAGCAAAGAGGAGGAGAAAGGGGUCCGGAACAGUCAGGGAGAGUCUGAGACAACUGUUGGCCAAAGUGAGGGUCAGGCCACUGGAGGUCAUGUGCAGCCAGGGAAGCAAGAGGCAGAAGGAGGCCAGGUAGCAGAAGAGUAGCCAGAAAGAGACAGAAGAAUCAUCUGGGGCAGGAGCCUCCAAGCCUUCAACGCCUGCUCUUUCCAGCCGCCCUCUGUUGUGUCUGCCACCACCUUGGACCUGUACUGAUCUUCAUGAGUCCACCUGCUGGGGAACAAUGGAGUUGGCCACACAGAGAGACUAGAGCAAAGUUAAAGGGGUUAGGGAACUCCCAGGCUCUGUUCCGAGGCCCCUUGCCUCUGUUCUUCCCUAACCUGCAGGGAUAUGUGUGUCUAGUAAGGGACAAAUCCAUCUGAUAGCCAAUUUCUGGCAUGGGAGGAGGAUGGAUGCCUUGGAGCUCCCCCUACCCAUGGGCACAGACUGGGCUGCUGUAAUUUCAAAGUCCUGAACUGGCCAGGUGUGGUGGUGCAGGCCUUUAAUCCCAGCACUCGAGAGGCAGAGGCAGGUGGAUCUUUGUGAGUUCAAGGCCAGCCUGGUCUAUAUAGCUAGUUCCAGCCAGCUGGGGCUACAGGGAGACCCUGUCUCAAAAAGACCAGAAAAAAAAAAAGUCCUGAACUGAGUGACCCCAACCUUUCCUGCUGUCAGAGGUUGAGGAGACAGCAGAGAGCAGAGUGACAGCAAAGGUUCCUAAUUGAACAGCUCUUCCCAGUCUAAGCAUUGUAGUUUGCAAAGAAGGGUUUUUAAUUCUGCAGGUCUCCUGGAAGAGUUCCAGCAUGUGCAUGGAUAGUUUGGCUGAAAAGCUCAGGCAGGGGGAAAGAAAGGAAAGGAUGAGUGUCAGCAGCCAUAUAUGCUCCCCUCUGAGAGUCUGCCCCUACCAAACAAAUCUCUCAUCUGUGGCUUCUUCCUCAGUCAGUCCAGAGAUGGUUAUUACCCUGUAAGUCAGGUCCCAGGGAAGAAGGCAUCUGUGUUCCAGAUUUCUUAAGAUCAGAAGUCUGCCCAGGCACACCAGCAUCUCUGGGAAACAGUACCCACCCAUGGCAAGAAGAUAAGUUUCCAGGAUAGAGAGGGACCCUGAAAACAUUUUCUUUACACCUGACUCUUUAGGCUCUCACAAAAGGAUUGGUAGAGAAGCCAGACAUAGCUUAUGAGGUAUAGGAAGGUGACACCCAA